CGCGCGAGUAACGGCCGCGCCAGUGUCGCACACUGCCGCAAGAUGUCGCCGUGCAACACUUACAGGUCAUUCGCGAUUUACUUGUUAAUCGUCAUACUAAUACCUGAAUCACCGGUGAGUGCCUUCACAAUCCGUAGAGCGAGAACUACUACGUUAAAGUCCGUGGAUUUGGAUCUCGCAGCAGAAGGAAGUGCCUUAUUGGAGGUGAAAAGCGAAUCGUCAAAGUUGAACAAUGAAAGGGAGUACAUUAAAUACGGCACUAGAAAAUCUUCCAUCAGAAACUCGGCUAAUAUUUUAGGACCAGACAAUAAGUUUGCUUCAGCUGGUAAGAGAGUUGCGAUACAAACUACCACGCCGAAACUGCCGAACGAGAGUGAUGACGUCACAAAGCAAUCUGAUCACACAACGAUACGAAAAAACACAGAAACGACUACACAACAUGCUAUUGGUAAAGCAGAUACAUUUAAAGCCAGAGCAGAGUCUAUUGCCAAUGCCUCAAAUAAAAGGAACAGUUCCAUUCCAGUUGAAUCAACUUCACAAAGUUUAAAAAUCCAAACUCAAGUAACAAAUGAUGACAGUGAUUAUUAUUCAACAAGUACUGAAUGUUCGGAGGCAGACAGCUCUGGUACAGACGACACACACAUAACAACUACUGGAUUUAUAACGACAGAUAACCCGACAGAAGAAACAACUACACUUGUCACAAAACCUCAAGACGACUCAAUCAGCUCGGACACAACAAAAGAAGAAAUUAUAAUUUAUCAAAUCAUUAAAAAAAGUACUACACCGCAAACUAAAUUUGAAACUGACACCACAAAAUUGGAUGAAGUUGAGAAAGACACCACUGCAACGGAUUCUACAGCACAGACAGAAGCCAUGGUUGGAGCAUUUUCUAAUUCACCAACUAACGAUCCUUCGUGGAAGAAAUAUACCACUAUUGAAAGAAAACGUAUAAUCCCGACUCCAGAAACUGAGGGUGUAACCACUGAGGCUGAAGAAUUGGAGAAAGCCGAAUCUGUUUCAUCAAGAAUAACGUUAGAAAACGCCGUAAGCGGUUAUCCAACAACACAAGGACUUAACUCAAAUACGAGGACCACCGCCUUAGAAACAGAAGGUUUGAAAUGGUCUUCCACAUCGCAAGUUUUUAAUAAUAUACCUGAAACGGGAACUGAGUCGUUACCCUCGACUCGUCCCUUAGGCUCAGAAAUCAAAAAUGAACAGAAUCUUCGUGGUUCUCUGGCUUCGAGAAGAGCUGGCUAUUUAGAUUUGUCCGCAAGACAAGACACUGAUGAAGCGACCACCACGGAACAAUAUGAAGAUGUUAAACUAAAUGAAACAGAACUACUUGGGUCUAUGUUCGAGAUAGACACACAAGAUAAUGAUGGACCUGAAUUAAAGAAUUCUACUAUAGUAGAAUCGCAGAGUCAGUUGGCCGAUGAUGCAAUAAAAGAAGAAUUAAUGAAAGAAGCCGUACUAAGCGACCACGAGGAGAAUUCUAAAAGAUACAGCAAAGAACAACAAGAUAUCAACAAAGUAAAGCCUCUCGAAAACAAUGCAGACGACUCUCUCAGUGUUAAACCAAUCAGUCUCGGAAAAAACGCUCUUUACACCUCAAGGUCGAACUACAAACCCAUGAAGAAAAUAGAAGUGCAGCCGUCGAAACCUUACAUAAGACACCCCGAUGACAACAGCUGGAGAAAUGAAAGCCUUAGUUACCUGGGUAUCGUGUUUAAAGCUAAAAACGCAUCUAAACCAUUCACUCAAGUACUGAAGAACAAAACAGAGGCUGAGCUGAAUAACUGGUCUGAAAAGGAAAAUAAAAAUGAAGUACCAGAUUUGAGAGAGAGGCUUGAAAAAAUAGCAGAAGUAAGAAAGUCUAAAAAGAAGAAGUUAAAUCAAUUCGGUGAUAUGGUUUAUAGUGACUACGAAGAAAACUCGGGUGAAACCUCCAGUACUCCGAAACAGGACGCGGUUCCUGUACCAGUGAUGGACAUAGAGGGGCCACUUUUCUUUAAGAGUUUUCCAACGACGCCUUCAGUAAGAAAAGAAGUUGCAACACAACCCACGAUUACACCCGGCGUGUACAUGUACAAGGAGGAGACAGUCACUACCACUAAAAAACCAAAGAAGAUGAAUAAAUUCGCCGAAUACUAUGACACCACCGACGAGUACGAUGCCGAUUACCUCAGCCUAUCCAAAAUAGACUUGAAGAAGUUUACUACGCAUCUGUUCGGCAAGGACAAGGUCACAACUCCUGCCACGAUGCCCACGAUGUUUACCAAACCGAUGAAAACUAUGCUGCCGGACAGGAGGCCCACUGUGCAGUACUUCCCACCGCGCGAGAAGCCGCGCAGCGAGCCCCAGAAGGUCAACAUAAACGAUUAUGACAGCGAUUUCCAGAAAAAAGUGAACAUGUUCGCGUACAGCGAGCCACCGAAGAGCUCCCCCGUGUCCCCCUUCACGCCGCCGCCCGCCUCCAUGGAGUAUAAGACCACGCAACGCCUCAAGGAGACCAGCGCAAUACCGGGCAAGAUGCGUCAAUUCAAACCCGGCAAUUUGGCGAAGACAGUUUACGAUACGAGUCCGCCACGCGUAGUCGACCACAAUAAUAGAUACCCGGCGAACAAUGACGAAACGUUCAACCGAGCGUCGUAUGUCAUCAGGCACUUCAAGGACCUGAUCGACGAGGCCGUGAAGGACGACUACGACAAGAGCGCGGAGUUCAUGCAGCCCUACACGGAGGCUCCGCUCGUAGGCGUCACCGCGGCUAAGGAGAGGGAUCCGACGCGGGUGCGCCUCGACGACGAUUAUGAUUACGACCCCAACUUCCGCAAGGACAUACUGAGCAGGUUCGUGGACAACUUCAACCAGAACAGCGAGCGGUUCAAGGUGGAUUUCCCGAUCUUGUAUAACAACAGCGUCGUGCACAUGAAGGCGGAUGAGAACGGGAGGGUGGUGGCGUCGUCGACUGCCUUCCUGAAGCGACAAUACGGCGGGGCGCCUGCACCUUUGCCCGGUAGACCCUGCUGCGACAUGAAGGUGGAGCUGUCGCCGGCCUACGAGCUGCACUACUACGUGCCUGAACAGGAGGAGAAGGAAGAGGCCGAAAAGCCCGCCACGAUGCCCUUCAGCUAUAGAUUAUGAAACCGACGCGCCCCAUUAGCUUACGAUUAAGGUUUUGUAGCUGUAGAUUGCCAUAAAAACUUCAGUGGCCGGAUAGAGAGCGACGGAUACAACUUUUUCACCGGGUAUAUUAUCCAGUUGUGUUGAGUUUUCGUAUUGUAGCAAUUAAUGUGUGCCUUAUAAGUUAUGAAAACUAAUUAGUGCUAGUUAGAUACUUUUAAAGUUAACUUAAUUAGGAACCUAAAUAUAGGCUACACCUAAGUUUAAUUACCUACUACUUAGGCGCCUGUUAAUAACCGAUGCUUGCGAUUGGGCUUUUAAGUUGGAUUUUGGAGGCAUGAGUAAACAUUUAAUUUUGAGCUGUAAAUGCAAGUUUCGAUUAUUAAUACGAGCUGGAGAUCUUGAGUAAACUUUGGAUUGUCAGACGAGUCAGGUCCUUUAUUUGGAUGUUUCAGUGCUUGAUAAUCAUAGUAAUACCACAGGUAACACGGAAUACCUAAAUUGCUUCAGCGUUCUGUUGAUAUUUUUCGUCUAUUACUAUGCUUAUUAAAUACGAAGCUCCUAGCAGUAAGCUAAAAAUUGAUUUCACUUGUACUGUAAACUACUUUUACUGUGCAUUGUUGGUCACAUUCAAUGUUUCGUUAACAAUUGUAACAGACAAAUAACUAGGCAUUGGUACCUGCUUUUGACAGUAUGUGUAGACUGAAUUUAUUAUGUAUAAUUACAUUGCCAAAGAUGCACUGACUAAGAUAUUUAAGCCAAGAUAAUGUUGUAAAUAGUAUUUCUAUCUUUUUGGUCAGUGUUGGCGACUGCACUCGUUCGUAACACUAACGAGUACUAUAUUUAUUAAAGUAGUACUUAAAAAUUUAAAAUAUUGAAUCAUAACGUUGGUAAAUGAAUGCGGCUUGAAGUUAUGUAUUAGAUUACUUGUCGUAUUUGAUAACAGGUAUUAUGUGUUAAGGUUGUUACCUGUAAUUCUAGUGACCGUGUUGUGAGCAAGUGAUAAUAAACUUUCAUGUUCGUAAGUAGUACAUUACCUACGUA